UAUGGGACUGUUGAUUAUGUAUUUUACCUGCUUAACUUCUUCGAAAUCACUUGUUGCGUAUUAAAGGUUUCGAAAAAAUUCAGUUCUUAAUAGGUCGUUUUGAAGAGAGUACUAAAAUGUUGCGGUCUAUAGGUGCGCUCUUUCUGCUGAUAGUGGCUGUGGCUCAAGUCAGUGCUGAAGGAUAUGAUGGUUACAAAAUCUAUGAAGUCACACCAUUGACAAAAGCGCAAUGUGACCUGUUAAAGGAUUUAUCAAAACGUACAGAUGCAUAUGAUUUCUUCUCACUAAGUAGACAACCCUUGCAUCCUGCACGUGUGAUGGUUAGUCCAAAUGACGUUAACACAUUCGAGAAAUUUCUACAAAACAAUAAAUUGCAAUUUAAAGUGUUAAAUAAAAAUAUUGGUAGAACUAUUGAACGUGAGUUCAAUAUAAAUCAACUAUUCAGAAGUAUUUCUCCCAUUACUGGAAAAGGACGUCUCAGCACUGAACGUUACUAUAAUCAUGAGGAAAUUAACACCUAUAUUGAAGAUCUUGCUAAACGUUAUCCAACACGAGUUUUUAUUAAAACUGUUGGUUACUCGUACGAGAGACGGCAUGUAAAAACAAUAACUAUUACUAAUGGCGAUGGACGUGAAAAUAAAAAUGUUGUCUUCAUGGACGGUGGUUUCCAUGCACGUGAAUGGAUAUCCCCUGCUGCUGUAUUGUAUGUGAUCGAUCAAUUAGUUGAAAAUUUUGCUGAAAAUGCUAAUUUAUUAUUGGAUUAUGAUUGGGUUAUUUUGCCAGUUGUUAAUCCUGAUGGUUAUGAACACACACAGAAAUCAACAUUGUCUCGUAUGUGGCGCAAAACACGCCAGCCAUAUUCUCUUUUGGGAGUAACUUGUUAUGGAGCUGAUCCUAAUCGUAAUUUUGAUUUUCAUUGGAAUGAAGAAGGUGCAUCUUCGAAUCCAUGCGUUGAUACCUAUGCUGGACCAAAACCCUUCUCCGAACCAGAAACAAUAAUUGUACGCGAUAUAAUGCACACAUUGAAAGGACGUGGUAUUAUGUAUUUAACCAUACAUUCUUAUGGCAAUUAUUUGUUAUAUCCAUGGGGCUGGACUAGUGAUCUGCCAGAUACUUGGGAGGACUUGGAUGAAGUUGCACGUGCUGGUGGUGAUGCUAUCAAAGAAGCAACUGGUACUGAAUAUUCAGUAGGCUCGUCAACUAAUGUGCUCUACAUUGCUGCUGGUGCUAGUGACGACUAUGGUUUCUAUGCUGGUUUCCCAAUUUCGAUUACUAUGGAACUAUCAGGCGGUGGUCUUACUGGUUUUGAUCCACCUGCUUCGAAAAUUGACGAAUAUGUUAAAGAAACUUGGAUUGGUAUUAAUGCUAUGGCUAAGAAAGUAGUUGAAAAGUAUCCAUUGGAGAAAACUGGUUUCCUUUAGUUGAAUUCAUUAUUGUAUAUCAAAAAAUAUUAUCUGUAGUAUUAAUAU